GGGGAGGUAAUGCACCACAACUGAUGCCAAUCGCCGUUAUAACAAAAGAAGAAAAAGUAUGUUGUGGUUGUGACUGUGGAUCAAAAUGGCGACGCGCAGUUUCAUCUCAUCACCUAGCAGGCGCUUGUUUUUUGUGAAGCAUUCUCCUUUCCAGUCUGGACACUGUGCUAUUCUUAGAAAGGCUCAGUAUUCCACCGUCUCAAGUCCAAAUGAAAAGACAUUUGACAAGAUCCUAAUAGCAAACAGAGGAGAGAUUGCUUGCAGGGUGAUCAAGACAUGCAAGAAGAUGGGAAUUCGGACGGUUGCUGUUCAUAGCGAUGUUGACUCAACUGCUGUUCAUGUCAAGAUGGCAGAUGAGGCAGUGUGUGUUGGCCUCGCCCCCACUAGUCAGAGCUACCUCAACAUGGAUGCCAUACUGGAUGCUGUAAGAGCAACUAAAGCCCAAGCGGUUCACCCCGGGUAUGGAUUUCUCUCUGAAAACAAAGAGUUUGCCAAGAGGCUGGCAAACGAGGGUGUGACAUUUAUUGGCCCAGACACUCAUGCUAUCCAAGCAAUGGGGGACAAAAUUGAGAGCAAACUGAUUGCGAAGGCUGCCAAGGUCAACACUAUCCCAGGAUUUGAUGGCGUGGUCAAGACUGUCGAGGAAGCUGUGAAAAUAGCACAAAAUGUUGGCUACCCAGUAAUGAUAAAAGCAUCUGCGGGCGGUGGAGGAAAAGGAAUGAGAAUUUCAUGGAAUGAUGAGGAAACAAGAGAUGGCUUCCGAUUCUCAUCUCUGGAAGCAGCGUCAAGCUUUGGAGACGAUAGGCUUCUUAUUGAAAAAUACAUAGAUAACCCGAGACACAUAGAAAUUCAGGUGCUGGCUGAUAAACAUGGUAAUGCUCUUUGGUUAAAUGAAAGAGAGUGCUCUAUUCAGAGGAGGAACCAGAAGGUGGUGGAAGAAGCACCCAGUACUUUCCUCGACGCAGUGACACGACGAGCAAUGGGUGAGCAAGCAGUGCAGCUGGCCAAAGAAGUGCAUUACUCAUCUGCUGGUACCGUGGAGUUCCUGAUAGAUUCUAAAAAGAACUUCUACUUCCUCGAGAUGAACACACGGCUACAGGUUGAGCAUCCCAUAACAGAGUGUAUUACUGGUAUUGACCUGGUGGAGCAGAUGAUCCGGGUUGCCAAGGGUUACCAACUACAACACAAACAGGAAGAUAUUCCAAUAAAUGGCUGGGCCUUUGAGAGCCGUGUCUACGCUGAGGACCCUUUCAAGUCAUUUGGUCUUCCCUCCAUUGGAAGAUUAUCCCAAUACAAGGAGCCAGUCAAGCUCAACAAUGUCCGGGUGGACAGUGGCAUCCAAGAGGGAAGCGACAUCAGCAUUUAUUAUGAUCCCAUGAUUUCCAAGUUGAUAACCUAUGGAGCUACAAGAGCAGAAGCCCUUGCCAAGAUGGAGGAUGCUCUGGAUAACUAUGUCAUCAGGGGUGUGACCCACAACAUUCCGCUCUUGAGAGAAAUAAUCACGCACCCUCGUUUUAUUUCCGGUGACAUUAGCACCAACUUCCUUCCAGAGGUUUACCCUGAUGGAUUUAAAGGCCACCAACUUCAGGUGGAAGAACAGCAAGAGUUGAUAGCCUCUGCAGCAGCACUGUACAUCACAGCCCAGCUCCUUUCCCAAAAGGUUCUUGGUAACUUGAGGGUGCCCUCAAUACCAGUAGAGUGUACCUGCUGGGAGCUUUGUGCACAGCUAGGAGACCGAUGGCAUGACCUGGAAGUUAAUAAAUCAGGAGACAUAUAUACGGUGCAAGUGGAUGGAGUACGUGUGGAUGUCCAGGGACAGUGGAACUUGGCUUCACCACUGUUACCACUCACCAUCAACGGCAUACACAGAAUGUUGCAGGUGCUGAAGAAGAAGAAGCAUUGACAACCGCUGUAAACAAACAUCCAUCCAUCUUCUUCCGCUUAUCCGAAGUUGGGUCGCGGGGGCAGCAGCUGUAGCAGGGAAACCCAGACUUCACUCUCCCCAGCCACUUCGUCCAGCUCCUCCCGGGGGAUCCCGAGGCGUUCCCAGGCCAGCCGGGAGACAUAGUCUUCCCAACGUGUCCUGGGUCUUCCCCGCGGCCUCCUACCGGUCGGACGUGCCCUAAACACCUCCCUAGGGAGGCGUUCUGGUGGCAUCCUGACCAGAUGCCCAAACCACCUCAUCUGGCUCCUCUCGAUGUGGAGGAGCAGCGGCUUUACUUUGAGCUCCCCCCGGCCGGCAGAGCUUCUCACCCUAUCUCUAAGGGCAAGAUCACGGGUACAAGCGGCCGUAAACAAACAUGACUGUGCAUUUUAGCUUGUUCGACGUUGUCACAUUAUUUAUUUACUUUUCCUUGUUUUCACUACUUUUGUUUUAGCUUUCUUUUUAAAGUGUAGCUAUUCUGUGCCCUUCAUGUUGUGAUAUGUAUGGAUUGACGCACGUCUUCAUGUUACAACAUUUUGUAUACGUGCUUGAGGCUAGCAGUUAGCACUUGAAGUAGCUGUAAGACCAUGAGAGACGACAACUGGAUCCCUCCUUUUAUUGUUAUAUUGACACACGAUAACUCCAGACCAUACUUUUUGUUUUUGGCAGUCUCUGUUUUAGAGCAACAAUCUCAAAAGCAUAUAACGCCACAUCUGUACUUGUCUAAUGGAGGGGAGACAGCAGCAAGAGUAAGACAAUCGCUUCAUUCCGAGACUAUUACAUUUAGUCCCCGCCUCCACCACCAAAAUUUAGCUAACGUCAAAGACACACGCAGUAAGGAUCAUUUCAAUCCGAAUUUCAGAAGACUUGUUUUCAUGCGCUCCAAUCUGAAUGACAUAAACCACCUGUUUCGAUCGGAAUGAAAUUUUGAUCCGAACGUGUGUGAUCGGGUCAAAAUAUUUAAAAUGCCGUGUUUACAUGAAGCAUUUUUAUACCGGUUAGGCUUUUAAUCCGAUUUCUUGUGUCCAUGUGCAUAUAGCUAAAGUCUGUGACCGAACCGUUAGAAAACGCUUAAAAGAAAUGGGAUUUGAAUACAGAAAAACUAAAGGAAAGCCGUUAUUCAAAUCUACACAGAAAAAAACAAGGUUACAAUGGCCUAAGGAAAAGUAAUCGAGACUAUGCAUGACUGGAUGAAAGUCAUAUUCAGUAAUAAAUCGCAAAUCUGCAUUGGGCAAGGUGAUGAUGCUGGAACUUUUGUUUGGUGCCGUUCCAAUUAGAUUUAUGAAGACGACUGCCUAAAAAAAACCAUGCAUAUUUCCAGUCAUUGAUGGUAUGGAGCUU